UUUUGGGUUUUGCAAGCACUUUGUUGGUUUGGAAUUUUGUUUUCUAAAUGCUGGAAAAAAGUGUUUUCAAGAUGGAAACUGCUUCAUAUUACCUAGUAGAAGAGAGAAUAAAAACGUUCAAGAACUGGCCCUUCUCUGAUAAAAACAAAUGUAACGUGCGAAACAUGGCUGAGGCUGGUUUCUAUUCAGUUGCAACAGGCGAAGAUGAUGCUGAUGCUGCGAAGUGUUUCCUGUGUGGUAAAGAGUUGGAUGGGUGGGAAGCAAGUGACGACCCUUGGGCGGAACAUAAGAGCCACGCAGCGAAGUGCGCGUUUGUGCAAAUAGGCAAGAAAGAAGACGAUCUCUUGCUUUCAGAAUUUCUAUCAAUUGUAAAACAAUACAUGAUAAAUGAAACUAAACGGAUUUCAGAAGUAGCCAAAGAGCAGAUCGAUGAGAAAGCUAAACUUGUGAAGAGACGCUGCCUCGGAAGGAAGUGAUAUGAUUAAACUGACCAAUGAAAUUAUUGUAAUGAAUUAUUAAAUUUUAUGCAGACUGGUUAAUGUGCCUGACUUGUGAAUGAUUAUUGAAUACAUGUGUUGUAAAUAA